AUGUCGCCCUUCAAUCUGCAGACAUGCGCCCGGCCGAACAUCCUCGCCCUCGAGCCGUAUCGCUGCGCGCGAGAUGACUACAAAGACGACGGCACAAACAUCCUGCUGGACGCCAACGAGAACGCCUUCGGGCCGUCCAUCUCGGCCGCCGGCGCCAGGCAGGUGCUCCAGUCACAGCAACAGGAUGCCGGGGCGGCGGCGGCGCCGACGCUGGACCUGCUGGGCCUGCACCGGUACCCGGACCCUCACCAGCCGGCGCUGAAGCAGCUGCUGUGCGAGCUGCGCAACACGCACGCGCACACGGCCCGCGCGCUGGCGCCCGCGAACCUCUUCGUCGGCGUCGGCAGCGACGAGGCCAUCGACGCCCUGCUGCGCUGCUUCUGCGUCCCCGGCCGCGACCGCAUCCUCGUCUGCCCGCCCACCUACGGCAUGUACUCGGUCUCGGCGCAGGUCAACGACGUCGGCCUCGUCAGGGUCCCGCUGCUGCCGGCGCCCGGCUUCGGCGUCGACACGGACGCCGUGCUGGCGGCGCUGAGCAGCGAGCAGAACGUCAAGAUUGUGUAUCUGUGCUCGCCGGGUAACCCCACCGGCUCGCUCAUCGCGAAGGAGGAUGUCCGGCGGGUGCUGGAGCAUCCUACGUGGAACGGCGUCGUGGUGCUUGACGAGGCGUACAUCGACUUUGCCCCGGAGGACUCGUCCCUGGCCGAGUGGGUGACUGAGUGGCCGAAUCUAGUGGUGAUGCAGACGCUGUCAAAGGCAUUUGGCAUGGCUGGCAUCAGGUUAGGCGCUGCGUUCACCAGCGAGCCCAUUGCCCGUCUUCUCAACAGCCUCAAGGCGCCGUACAACAUCUCUAGCCCGACAAGCACCCUGGCGAGCUAUGCGGUCGGUCCCGAAGGCUUGAAAGUCAUGAGAGCAAACAGGGCGCGCAUAGUCGAGCAGAGGGAGAGGCUGAUAGCCGAGCUACCCAGGAUUCCCGGAGUAGGGAGGCUAAGAGGAGGAGAGGCAAGCAACUUCCUACUGUUUGAGAUGCUGAAUACCAAGGGAGAGCCGGAUAACACCACGGCGUUGGCGGUAUAUGAGCAAUUGGCGGAGUCAAAAGGCGUUGUCGUUCGGUUUAGAGGAAAGGAGCACGGCUGUCUGGGUUGUCUUAGAAUCACUGUCGGUACGGAGCAGGAGGUCACAAGAUUUCUCGCUGCUCUACAGAAGACGCUGGCUGAAGUAAGAGGCACUUCAGCACCUCAAGAUGAGGAAAAGCGCGAAAAGGAGGCAAACGCAGUAGUUGCUUAG